AUGAGUCUAUUCCGGGCACACCUCGUCUUUUAUCGGUGUGCUCUCAAUCUAAAUUCAUCUAUAACUUUGGUUUCUUAGUUGCAAUUACCUUUGUACUCCAAAUAAUUACAGGUAUCACUUUAGCGUUCCGAUAUACUUCUGAAGCAUCUGUGCAUUUGCUAGUGUUCAACAUCUAGUUAGAGAGGUAGCAGCAGGAUGGGAAUUUAGGAUGUUGCAUGCAACAACUGCUUCUUUCGUCUUCUUGUGUAUCUUAAUACACAUGUCUCGAGGUAUGUAUAACUCCAGCUAUAGUUAUUUAACUACUGCUUGGAUGUCUGGUUUAGUUUUAUAUCUACUUACUAUAGCCACUGCUUUCCUCGGUUAUGUACUACCAUGGGGACAGAUGAGUUUCUGGGUGCUACAGUCAUUACUAAUCUCCUUUCUCCAAUACCAUAUUUAGUACCUUGGUUACUCGGUGGAUACUAUGUAUCUGAUGUAACAUUAAAACGAUUCUUUGUAUUGCACUUUAUAUUACCUUUUGUAGGUUGCAUUCUAAUUGUAUUACACAUCUUCUAUUUACAUUUAAAUGGUUCUAGUAACCCUGCAGGUAUUGAUUCCGCACUUAAAGUAGCCUUCUAUCCUCAUAUGUUAAUGACCGAUGCUAAAUGUCUAUCCUAUCUAAUUGGUUUAAUUUUCUUACAAACGGCUUUUGGUUUGAUUGAAUUAUCGCACCCAGAUAACUCCAUACCAGUGAACCGGUUUGUAACUCCGCUUCAUAUCGUACCUGAAUGGUACUUUUUAGCAUAUUAUGCGGUGUUAAAAGUAAUCCCAUCCAAAACCGGUGGUUUGUUAGUAUUUAUGUUAUCAACAUGUCAAUGAA